AUGCCCGGUGUGCACUAUAAAUUUUCCUCUAAACUCAACUAUGACACGAUCAUCUUUGAUGGGCUCCAAAUCUCCCUCUGCGACUUAAAGAAGCAGAUUAUGGGCAGAGAAAAGCUGAAAGCUGCCAAUAGCGACCUGCGCAUCUUCAACGCAGAGACCCAAGAAGAAUAUACAGAUGACAAUGCGUCAAUUCCUAAAAACUCAUCUGUAAUUGUCAGAAGAAUUCCCAGUGGAGGCGUUAAGUCGUCAAGGAAGACACAAGCUCAAAGUCGAACUGAACCAGUGAUGGGGACUACACAGGCAACCAAUGACACUUCUGCAUCCAUUUCUCUGGCCCAGCUUACAGAGACUGCCAAUCUGGCUGAAGCCAAUGCUUCGGAGGAAGAUAAAAUCAAAGCGAUGAUGUGGCAAUGUGGCCGAGAAUACGACCCAAUCAGUUCCUGA